GCGCAGCGAAGGCUGCUGUCAUGCGGCAGUUCCAGGCGUGCGCAGGGUCCCAUGCGGCGAUGCACGACGAGGACGAGGAGUUGCAGGCGUCGGGGUCAGAAUCGGGAGCACAGGCGCAAGAUACGAAGAAGAAGCAGCCUUUCCUGGCGUGUUUCUUUUGCCGUGGACGCAAGAUCGCGUGUGGACCGCCGCCGCCAGAGAGUGCAGAUCGGACAUGCAACCAGUGCGCGCGGCGCCAGCUCAUCUGCAAUUAUCCGCUAACGUCGCGCCGUGGCCAGCGCCGAACAACCACUGCCGUGCAAGAGGAUGCGUAGAAUCGGUUUUCAAUAUCCGCCUCAAUGCCGCCUGCAUUGUGCAUCGGGCCUGCUAUCGAUGUCCAAGCGUGCGCUGUGCGGCUACCCAGUCUCGUCCACGUCUAUCAUCCUGCAUUGUCAUGUCUCGUUAUCGCGAAAUAGCAAGUCCUGAUACAUUUCGGUUCGCAUUUGUUGCAUGUGUCUUCUCUUGGUGGUUUGUUCGCUAUUGUAUUGGACUUUAAUGUCUCCUAUCCUGUUAUGUCUCGUUUUUCACACUUCUCUGCGUAUAGUCUAUCGGAGUUACUCGUCGUUAUUUUGUUGUAUACAUCUACUGCCUGUCAAAUCAUAGUCGUAUUUAUAGUCAUUAUUGCUCUUCGCUGAUUCCGCUGCCGCUUUCGCAUUGUUAUCAUGUAUAUUGCUAUUUCUUGACACCUAUCUGUUCGUUUGUCUCCGCGUUUUAUUGCCCAUCACACUUCUUGCUCUACAUGGGUUUCAUCCUGUCGAAUGCUAGUGUGCUGUUUGUUUCAAUUUAAUCCAAUUCUAGUUGCAUUACCAUGCCC